AUGUCCGACGAAUUAUUUACUGUAACUAUGAGAAAAGCUGUUAAGAAAGUUCAUGCCAUUACAGAUUCAAUGGUUAAUGCAAAAUUUGUAUUUGCUCUUAAUGACGACUCUGUUUGGAGCCAAGCACUUUUGCUUUUUUACGAAGUAUUCAAAUUUCUUGAAAUUCAAAUGAAGGAAAACUCGAAUGGAUAUUUGGGUUCAUUAUACUCGGAGGACAUGAGUAGAACUGAAGCCUUUGAAAACGACUUGAAAUUUUUUCUGGGAGAUAAUUGGAAAGAAAAUUAUGUCUUAGAUAAAAGUGUAAAAAACUAUAUUCAACAUCUUGAAACAUUAACAAAAACAGAUCCUGAUUUAUUAAUGGCUUAUGUUUAUCAUCUUUAUAUGGGAUUAUUAUCGGGUGGGCAAAUAUUACAAAAAAAACGUGAAUUUCAAGCAAAAAUUACUGGAAGAAAAGAUAAAUUAGGAACAGCUGUUACUACUUUUGAAAAUGUUAAAAUAUCAGAUGUAAAAGCAAAUUUAAAAAAUAAAAUAAAUGAAAUUGCUAAAAAUUUAGAUGAAAAUAAAAAAGAAUUAUUAAUUAAAGAGAGCAUUAAAGUUUUCGAAUUAAACAUGACUUUAAUCGAAGCUGUUAAAGGAACUAAAUAUGUAGCUAUAAAAAAUAUUUUUCUUUUAUUUUCAUUUUUAGCUCCUAUAAUUGGUAUAACCAUGUAUUUUUAUUGGAAAAAAUCAUAA